AACUCCACUCACAGCGAGAGCAGCUCACACUGCUUGAGUAUCCACUCAUGGAGAUACUUUCGGUCCUCACUAUUUGCGAUAACUAUCAGAGAAACCUGAGGCUCACGACUUUAUGAUUUUCACCACGUGCAAAACAUGCCGUAAAACCUGCUUAGGGCUCAUCUGACAAAGUUGGCUGGCUGUUCUGGGACGGAACAGAUUAAAGGGGAUAGUACAUGGAUAUUUCUCAGUCUCUGGUCAAUCUCGGCUGUGAGAGCAUAAAAUUGACCACUACUUAAGCUGUUAAUCGUGGAGAAACGAAAAGAAAAGCGAGCAAGUGGGCAUGCCACCCAAGAAAAAGGGUUCGGCGGACCGUCAGGACUCAGGGGCCACUGAGGAGAAGGAGAAGAAUGCCCAAGUCCAGCUGGAGAAGGCCAAGUUUAAGCCUGUUGCUUUCGCCGUGCGCACAAACUUCACCUACACUCCUGCAGAUGAUGACAACGUCCCCAUACCAGGGCACGGGGUUUCUUUUGAAGCUAAAGACUUCCUGCAUAUCAAAGAGAAAUUUAACAAUGACUGGUGGAUUGGACGGCCUGUAAAGGAAGGGGGAGAGGUUGGUUUUAUCCCCAGCCCGGUGAACCUGGAGACGAUUCUGAUCAGAAGAGAGGUGCAGGCCAGGAAGGCCGCCAAAGCGCUGGCCAAUAAAGCGGCUACUGCUGCCAAAGAGGAUAUGAAUGCAAAGAAAGCUGCUCCACCACAAACAGUUCAACAAGUGAAGAAGAAAUCGGGAGAGCAACUGGCUGCAUAUGAUGUUGUGCCUUCAAUGCGUCCUGUGGUGCUCAUGGGCCCUUCGCUCAAGGGCUAUGAGGUUACAGACAUGAUGCAAAAAGCUCUCUUUGAUUUUUUAAAACACAGAUUUGAAGGAAGAAUUACUAUCACCCGGGUGACAGCAGAUAUUGCACUUGCCAAGAGAUCGAUCCUCAACAACCCCAGCAAGCACGCCAUAAUGGAUCGCUCCAACAACCGCUCCAGUUUAGAUGCCGCGGCCCAAAUCCAAGGAGAGGUUGAGAGGAUUUUUGAGUUAGCACGCAGUCUACAGCUUGUAGUUCUGGAUGCCGACACCAUUAACCAUCCUCUCCAACUCAGCAAGACCUCCUUGGCCCCGAUCUUGGUGUAUGUCAAGAUUUCAUCACCCAAGGUUCUGACAAGAUUGAUAAAGACCAGGGGCAAAUCUCAGACUAAACAUUUGAAUGUUCAGAUGGUGGCCGCAGACAAACUGGCCCAGUGUCCCAAUGUAAGUGUGCCCUCUGUAAAUGCUAAAGACAUUAAAAUGUUUUCCAUAUGA